CAACAGAUUUAUUUGAUUUAUUCAGAUGACAUUGACAGAAGCGAGCGAGAAACAUGGGUGAUUAUUACUAUUUCGAUGUAAAAGUAAAGCUCCGCUAUCCCGAGGCUGUUCUUUUCACGCCCAUCUACUUUCGGGGCUGUGUUCUCAGCGCUCUGGAGAGCUUCUUUGGCGAUCUGGGAGGCAAGACCCAAAUGGAUAUUGUUAAAUGUUGUUCCAAGCAGCACCGCAUUAUUUUCCGUGUCCCCGAAGAGUUUUUUGAACGGACACGUACCGCACUGUCGCUGAUAGGUCACUACCAGGAGGUGCCUUGCCACUUUCAGUUGUUAGACGCCUCUAAGACAGUCCUAGACUUUGAUAAGGAUAAUGCAGAAGAAGUAGCUCGGAGUUGUUAAAUACAAUCACAUAAAAGUAUAGU